AUGUCCGGAGGACUAGAAGUACUCUCCGUCAAGGAGGAAGAUAUGUUGAAGCUUCUAGCUGCCGGAGCUCACCUUGGAUCCACGAAUGUUGACCAUCAAAUGCACCAAUAUGUCUUCAAGCGCAAGCCUGAUGGCAUUUUCAUCAUCAACCUGAAGAAGACCUGGGAGAAGCUGUUGCUUGCGGCUCGUGCAAUCGUAGCCAUUGAGAACCCAGCUGAUAUCUGCGUCAUUUCUGCUCGUCCCUACGGACAGAGGGCUGUCCUGAAGUUUGCAUCUUCAACUGGCUCCACCCCCAUCGCUGGACGAUUCACCCCUGGAACAUUCACUAACCAGAUCCAGGCUGCCUUUCGGGAGCCGCGUCUGCUGGUUGUGACUGACCCACGCAUUGACCACCAGCCAGUGACCGAGGCCUCCUACGUGAACAUCCCUGUUGUUGCUUUCUGCAACACUGACUCACCCCUGCAGCAUGUGGACAUUGCCAUCCCAUGUAACAACAAGGGGGCCCAGUCGAUUGGUCUGAUGUGGUGGCUCCUGUCUCGUGAGGUUCUGCGCCUGAGGGGCACCAUUUCUCGUGACCACCCAUGGGAGAUCAUGCCUGAUCUCUUCUUCUACCGUGACCCAGAGGAAGUUGAGAAGGAAGAAAAGGAGGCACUUGAGAGGGCUAAGGAUGAGAUCCCAGCACCUCAGCCAGACUGGCCAGGUGAACCCAGUAUUGUUGGAGCACCCGAUGUCAGCGAUUGGGCAGCUGAAGAUGUACCAGUGCCGGCUGUGGUUCUCCAGCCCCAGGUUUUCCCUCCAGUAGCUGACGAAUGGAAUGUCCCCAAGAUAGGUGACUGGACUGCAACCCAGGAAGUCGCUCCUGAUACUGUAGCAAACUGGUCAAACCCAGACGAGAACUGGAAUUAA